UGGCAGGGAGUCGUCGAAGGAAUGGCUCUGACUAGUGGCGAACGUACAAGUUCCCUCAGUCUUUCGCCUUCCGAGGACCGGUAAUCGUCGGCGAUUGUAUUCUCUUCUGUUAUUUAUCCGUCGUCGACGGAUUUGUCUCUCUUUCGUAUCUUCGUAGAAUAGCUUAUUUAUUUCUUUCAUUUAACGCGAAUAACAAAAAAAAAAAAGAGAGAGAGAAAGAGAGGGACACAAAGAGAUAGAUAUAAAAAAAGAGAGAGAAAGAGAAAGAGAGAGGGAUAUAAAGAGAAGGAGAAAGAGAGAGAGAGAGAGAGAGAGAGAGAGAGAGAAGCCCGUUUCCGGUAGCUUCGAGAAAGUGAAAAUGAAACGUGGUUGCCCGUCGUAGUAGCAACUUCUUCGUUCGUUCAAAGAACGGAGGAGGAGUGUGUCGAGGGAGCGUGGAAGUUGUUUUAAGGGUAAGGGGCGUGAGGAAGGCCGAGGAUGUGGCUUUUUCGUCUCGUUAUCGUCUACCUUUGCGCUGAGAUCGUUCUACCAUCUAUGACCGAAGGCGAGCGAAGAACAAGUGGUGGUACUAGUGGUAAUGGUGGUGGUAGUAGUAGCAGCAAGAUAUCGAAGAGGGCUAAGCCGGUAGAGUCGGAAGAGGAGGAAGAGGAUUACUAUUACGAUGAGGAAACAGAACCAGUGGACGAACGCAACAAUCCUACGAACGAGGCACCUGCCGUUCCACCAGGAUUUCUCAGUCCUUCUGUACGAGAGUAUCUCGAUCUCGGUAAAUCGAUACCUGGUCGGCCGGGAACGGAUUAUCCGGUGCUAGGAAAGGUGCCGUAUACGAAUUUCUAUUGCGACGAUCAGCCCUAUCCAGGGUUUUUUGCCGACGUUGAGACCAGAUGCCAAGCUUGGCAUUAUUGCGACAUAGAUGGCCGACAGGCGACAUUCUUGUGCCCGAAUGGCACGCAAUUCAGUCAGGUCGUCUUCGUUUGCGACUGGUGGUUCAACGUUAGAUGCGAGCUCAGUCCAAAGCUUUACGUCAUCAACAGCCGAUUGUAUGGGAAACCUACGGAGGAUCCUACAAGGCCACAUCGCGUCAUCACUAAGGAACUACUCGAAAAUAUCUUCGUUAAACGAAAAUAAGCCAACUGGUGAUUCCUUUGGAUGAGAACAUUUGUUUUUUUUUGUCUUUCUCUGUCUUACUCCGUUUUCUUUAUAUAUAUAUAGGAUGUCCAAAAAUUGGUACCAAAUUUAUACUACGUAUCAUUGAGAUCAAAUGAAAGAUGAAAAAAGUUCGUACAAAUUUAGGUCCGAAAAUGCUUCAUUUGAAAAGAUAUAUGUUUUGAAAGGUUAUAUAAUGAAUUUAUUUAAUUAUAAAAUA